AUGGUGAGCAGCAGCAGCAGCAGCAGCAUCGCUCGGCCCACAGUCCACCUCGCUCAGGGAACCGUGGUAGGAACUGUGCAGAACGAGUUCUCAAAAGCUCCCGUGCAGUCUUUCCGAGGCAUUCCUUAUGCCCUACCUCCAACCGGAGACCGCCGGUUCAGACGGCCAGUCAAGGUUCCCGCAGAUCCAUCCCGAAUCAUCGAUGCCUCCAAAUACGGAGCAGUAGCCCCAGGCAAGGUGUUUGUUGCGUCAGGGCCCAAGCUUGAAAUCAGCGAAGACUGUUUGACGGUCAAUGUCUUCCGGCAAGUGCCCCGCGAGGAUGAUGGUCUACUCCCCGUCUUGGUAUACAUACACGGAGGGGCCUUCAAUCGUGGCAGCGCAUCAAUGCACAAUACGGCGUCGAUGGUGGCAUGGUCAGAUUCGCCAUUCAUUGGAGUCUCGUUCAACUACCGACUCGGCUCACUGGGAUUCCUACCCUCUAAGCUCUCGGCAAAGGAAGGAAUUCUGAACCUUGGUCUACAUGAUCAAGUCCUGUUGUUUGAAUGGGUUCAAGAAAAUAUCCAGGCCUUUGGAGGAGACAAGGACAACAUCACCUUGGCCGGGCUUUCGGCCGGCGCGCAUUCAGUCGGACACCACAUGAUGAGAUACAGCCAGAGCAACCCUGGCCCAUUCCAAAGAGUGAUCAUUGAGUCAGGCUCGCCCACUUCUCGAGCUGUCCGACGAUAUGACGCUGAAAUCCACGAGCAACAAUUCCAAGACUUCUUGGAACAGGUCAAAUGCGCCAACGACAUCCCAGAAGACGAAAUAUUCCCGUUUCUGCGCUCCUUACCGCUUGAGACUAUCACCCAGGCCCAGAAUGCUGUCUUUGACAAGUACAACCCCUCACUCCGAUGGGCCUUUCAACCUGUCAUUGACGGCGAAUUGAUUCCGCGAGCGCCAAUGGACUCGUGGCGAAUGAAUGAUUACUACAAGGUGCCCAUCUUAACCGGAUUUACCGAGAACGAGGGGUCCUUAUAUGUCAACAAGCAAAUGGAGACUGGCGAUGAAUUCACGAACUUCUUCCGAACUUUACUACCUCAACUGUCCGAUGAUGAUAUCCAGAUGAUCGAGAAACUCUAUCCCGAUCCUCAUUCAAGCGCAGAUCAGACCUACAAGCUUCACGCAGGCAUGACGGGGGUUGGACGACAAUACAGACGCAUCGAAGCCGCCUAUGGACAGUACGCCUAUUCCGCGCCUGCGCGACAGACAGCUCAUAUGGCUUCGACCAGACAAAUAGCUCCAGUAUAUCUUUACCACUGGGCCGCCAAGAGCAGCGUGAUUGGAGGAGCCACUCACGGCGAUAAUAUGCGAUACGAGACCCUUAACGAAGAAAUCAUCAACCGCUCCGCAUCCCAGAGGGAUCUUGCGGGGACUUUCCAUGCAUACGUAACAAGCUUCAUAUGCCACAAGGGGGAUCCAAACGCAACAGCUGGCGAGUGGCAGAGCCGACCAAAGUGGCUAGCCUACAAGCAGGACGAACCAAAGACAAUGAUAUUUGGCAAAGACAACAAUGAACUUAUUGGGGGCGAUGUAGGCAUCACAGCAGAAUUGAGUGACGACCCUUGGGCUAGGGAAGAGUGCAUUUUCUGGCGUGAUAGAGCUGCCUUGACCCAGCAGUGA